AAAAACCCAAAUAACUUCAUUUUGUGUCUGUUCAGCAUUUUUAAAAACCUUGAUGCGGCCCCCAUCAGGGGAGGUCGUACGUUGACUCGCCGCUCACACGGUAUGCGACGGAGUAUGAAACAAGCGCCUCUCCGCAUGACAUCAGCAUCUUUGUUUACUGGCCUGGCGCAGCUAGCUGACUUACGUUCAGUGUCCGUACUCGUCUCUGCACAUUAGCAUUAGCUGCCAGCUUAGCUUGCUGUUUAUCAUACAGAGUGUGUAACUUCACUGUUUGCUGCGUGGUUCAGAUUUACUUAAGCCACAAAUAUGUCGGCAAAUUACCCUGGAGCUGGAGAAGACUCCACAGACGCAAGGAGAGGCGAUGGACAAGAGUCGCAGGCGUCUGUGUCUGCGUCCACCCAGAUGGACGUGGAUGCCAAGUCCAACUCCUACAGCUUCCGAUACAGCCUAAACUUCCCGAGCAUCGGCCAGUGCAUCAUCAUCAACAACAAGAACUUUGACAGAAGAACAGGCAUGAAUCAACGAAAUGGUACCGAUGUGGAUGCAGCCAACGCGAUAAAAGUGUUUAAGAAGUUGGGUUAUGAAGUGAAGAUUUACAACGACCAGUCAGUCGAGCAGAUGAAACGGGUUUUAACUUGUGUGUCAAAGGAAGAUCACAGCUGCUACGCCUCAUUCGUCUGUGUUCUGUUGAGUCAUGGAGAUGAAGGUGUGUUCUUUGGUACGGAUGGCUCAAUAGAGCUUAAGUACCUAACAACACUUUUUCGAGGCGAUCGCUGCAAAACACUGGUGGGAAAACCCAAACUCUUCUUCAUCCAGGCUUGCAGAGGCACUGAACUGGAUGCAGGCAUUGAAACCGACAGUGGAGAAGAGACUACUAAGAUUCCUGUGGAAGCUGACUUCCUCUAUGCUUUCUCCACAGCCCCAGGCUACUACUCUUGGAGGAAUACUAUGACCGGGUCCUGGUUCAUCCAGUCCCUGUGUGAUCUGCUGAGCAAAUAUGGAAAAGAAUUGGAGCUUCAGCACAUCUUGACACGAGUGAACCACAAGGUGGCAGUAGAGUUUGAGUCUGUCUCCAAUUCACCAGGCUUUCAUGCAAAGAAACAAAUCCCAUGCAUUGUGUCAAUGCUGACCAAAGAGAUGUAUUUCACCCGAUGAUGUCGUCUCUGCUGCAGAAGACCGCAGCCUUUGUCUGCAGGGUAAAGGCUGGAGGAUGUGUACAAGGUGGUGUCUGUGAAUUAUUUUAGUUUACACUUUCUGACUGAUCUCUUCAAACCACAACUAACAUUUUUUUUAGGAGAGCACAUGUGAUAAUAAGUUCACAUUUCACAAGUUUGGCAUUUUAAGGAAAACUAUUUUGUGUUCAGAAACACAAAAAUAUGUAUAAAAAAAAUCAUGAUUCUAAAAAAAAAUGCAGUCAGGUUUGUCACUCCACGGUCACAGUUUGGUAACGGUACAUGCCUCUUUGCUGUGUACACUAUGUACAUUUCAGGGAAAAAUAUUGGGAGCCAGUUUAACCUUGUAUACAUCUUUAAUCAUGAAGCCAUAGAUGGUCUUCCCACAGGCCAGCGUCAACAUUAUUAUGUGUCUGCUGUUUGUCUAAGCAAGACAAAAAUAUCGUGUGUGAUUUCUGUGCCUCCUUUUUUCUAAUCUUUCUUUUCUCUUUUUUUCUAACAUCUUUUUCACUGUUGAGGGAGUGUAGUGACAUCUGACAUAAUGAAUGCCAGACUUUCACUCUGUAGGAAUAUUAAAGGACAAUGUUGUGUUGCAAAGUUGGUGCAUCCAGUAAUGUAUCUUAUUUUUCUUGCUUUUCAAGCUGGGCAUUUCUUGAAAUGUUUACCUUUUCUAAAUGUGUGUUUCUUUGAAUGAGCUGUUGCCUGUCAAUUAGUGAGGGGGUCAGGCCUCACUGCAUGCAUGACUAAAGCCAGCCCACUUGCGAGAUGCUGUUAUUAGAAACCUUUUAAUGAGUAACUCUUUCAGAAACUAAGCUUUACAUUUCACAUUUGCCAGUAGUUUGUGUACUUUUAGUGGUUUUAAAGAUAAAAUGGCAAAUUGGAUGCCUGUUCACAUUCAUUUCAUAGUUACAGUCUUUAACUUCUCUUUAAAAGUCACUUCCAGUCAACUGUAACAGAGUGGGACUUUUAAAUGUAGCCACCAGCUUUGAGUGAAUUAUAACAAAGCACAAUUGGAUUGUGAACUAAUCCAGGUCCCUGGUGGUGUGUGAGUAGCCUCUGUGCUGUAUUUACAGCAUAUUGGCCAAAAUCACCUGCUGUUAAAAUAUUUCAUUGAUAUUUUAUAAUUCAGUUUUUAAAUUCUAAAAAUAUACAACAUUUUGCUGUGAAUGUCACUUUUGGGCUUUUUUGUGGUAUCGCUAUUUUGUAAGCAAACACUGCGAGGUUGGUGUAUAAUAAAGACCACUUUUCAUUGUU